AGGAACCCACGGCUUUGAUUGCACAAUCACACAACAAAAAGUUCUAUUUCGGGUUCUUACGAUCUUAAACAUAGAAAUAUAACACAAACAGUCUUGAAGUGUUUCGGUAGAUCAAAAAUAUACUUGUGGACUUGAGAUCUAGGAUUUUAGAGGCGGGUUUCUGUGAUUAUUCCCGCCAUACGGCAGAUCAUAAGACUUGGUUUCGGGGAAGUUUUCUAAGCCAACAGAGAUGGCAUCAAAUGGUACAGAAGGAGAAAGCAGUGCUGAUAGAAACGUCGAGAUAUGGAAGAUCAAAAAGUUGAUAAAAAGUUUAGAAGCAGCGAGGGGCAAUGGUACAAGCAUGAUUUCCUUGAUCAUUCCACCCAAAGACCAGAUAUCUCGGGUGUCCAAAAUGCUGGCUGAUGAGUUUGGUACUGCAUCUAACAUCAAGAGUAGAGUCAACAGGUUAUCUGUUCUUGGUGCCAUCACAUCAGUACAGCAGCGACUCAAAUUGUAUAACAAAGUUCCACCGAACGGCCUUGUGAUAUACUGUGGUACCAUUGUGACAGAUGAAGGAAAAGAAAAGAAAGUUAACAUUGACUUUGAACCAUUCAGACCCAUCAACACAUCCUUAUAUCUCUGUGAUAAUAAAUUUCAUACCGAGGCCCUAACGGCCCUGCUAGCAGAUGACAACAAGUUUGGCUUCAUUGUUAUGGAUGGAAAUGGUGCCCUGUUUGGCACACUCUCAGGAAAUACUCGAGAGGUUCUCCACAAGUUUACAGUCGAUUUACCCAAAAAGCAUGGAAGAGGAGGACAGUCUGCUCUGCGUUUUGCACGUCUCCGUAUGGAAAAACGACACAACUAUGUCCGAAAAGUUGCUGAGGUUGCCGUGACGCUAUUCAUCACAAACGACAAACCAAAUAUUGCAGGCUUAGUUUUGGCUGGUUCUGCAGAUUUCAAAACGGAACUGAGUCAAUCAGAUAUGUUUGAUCCUAGGCUGCAAGCAAAAAUCAUCAAGAUAGUUGAUGUGUCAUAUGGUGGGGAGAACGGAUUUAAUCAGGCCAUUGAACUGGCAGCUGAUGCUUUGGCAAAUGUUAAAUUUAUUCAGGAAAAAAAACUCAUAGGGAGAUACUUUGAUGAAAUCUCACAAGACACAGGAAAAUACUGUUUUGGAGUGGAUGAUACACUUAGAGCUUUAGAAAUGGGAGCAGUUGAUAUCCUCAUUGUUUGGGAAAAUCUGGAUAUUACGCGAUAUGUGUUGAAAAAUCAUCAGACAGAAGUUGAAAAUAUUCUUCAUCUGAAACCAGAACAAGAGAAAGAUAAAACUUACUUUAUAGACAAAGAUACGGGUGUAGAGUUGGAGUUGUCAGAACAGAUGCCUCUUCUGGAAUGGUUUGCAAACAAUUAUAAGAAGUUUGGUGCCACAUUAGAAAUUAUCACAGACAAAUCACAAGAAGGAGCGCAGUUUGUGCGAGGUUUUGGUGGAAUAGGAGGGAUUUUACGGUAUCAGGUCGACUUCCAGGUCUUUAACACCCCUACAUUUGACGACUAUGAGGAUUUUGAUCUUGAUGACUAUUAGACUGUGUCACUGCAAAUCACAAAUACUGUUGCCGGAUAAAUCCACAUACAAGGCCUUUAACAAAGAAUGUGUACAUUUCUGUCUUCAUCCCUGUGCAAGUGUUUGAAGAUGAAACAAUUCUCUGGAGCCAAAUUCCUGUGUAGACUUUUUGACAUAUGACUGCAGGAAGGAGAAAGUGUUUUUCUGAUUUUACAAAAUACAUGAUUGACAAAAUCGCCGUAGAGGAUUUGACUUAUUGCUACUAUUCUACACUUUUUAAAGCAUACAAGUAAAAAAAAUUGAAGUCUGUUGAAUGUGAUCUUAAUUUCUGAUAUCUGCUGUGGUUGAAAUCUUGGUAGUAUUUUUCACUAUUGUAUUGUAUAUUACAGUUUGACAUCUACAAUGGCUGAAAGCUAGAUGAAGCUUUCAUGUGUAAAUGUUCUAAGCAAUUUAUUCUCCAUUGCUUCAGAUAUCUGUCUUUCAGAUGGCUUUCAUUUUCAUAACUGGAGUAUGGGAUAAUGCUUCAACUUAAUAGGCUGAUUAGGGCAGUUCUUUAUUCUGUUUCACAGUUAUAGAAUUAAAUACCCCUAUGCUUUGAAAGUAAUUACAAACCACAAAAUAUAAACUUUAGUUCUAAAAUAUUUUAGAAUCUCUACUUUUCUGGACAAACUUGUAUUUUUUUCCACAGUUGAGCUGCCACUAGUUCCGAUAUGACACAUGAAUACUACAUGAAAUAUUAAGUCUUUACAAUUUUCUUAUUGUUUCCACCAAAAGAUCUCCACAGAUACUUCUUGUAUAAAUUGUAUUCAAAUGUUUUCAGCUGCAAAGAAACCUGUUUCUAGAUGUAACAGAAAUGUUUUCUAGCUAAAUUAUAUUUAAUAGGCAGCUUUCCAAUUUGACAGUUUCCAAAAUACAGAGUAGACAGAAUCAGGAAAUUGAUUUAAAAAAAAACAUCUACAAAAAAAAUCUUUCUUUGUGGAGAAGUAAACGAAAUAUUCUUGUCUUAACCUCAGGUAACAAUGUCAAGGAUAUUACAUUUGAGAUUGAUUUAAUUAUACUUAAAUCAUAACCAAUUAUUAGAUUGCAUACAAAUUAAUUUUUUUUUAUUGAAUCACAGCUCCCUCCAGAUCUUGCACAACUUCUGUACAUAGGAGAUUUUCAGAGAUAUUAAUUUAAAUAUGAGAGUUGAAUUGUGUACGAAAGUGUUGAUGCAGGGAUUAACAUAUUUAUUUCAAACUUUGUCAAUCAAAUCAGAUCAUUAUUCCUUUAUUUUGUGUAUUAAGCAUGCAUAAAUAAGGACUAUCGGUAGCUACUGAUCAAUCACAACAGCAGUGUGUAGCCUUUAAUCACUGUGGAGCUGCCAGAUGAUUUCAGAGUAUACUAUGUAUACUAAUCUUUUGAUGUAGAAAUAUAUUACAGCAAAAAAUAGUAUAUAAUGCCAGUAGCAGGGGAACUGGAGAAACAAUUAACUGUGCAAUGGUGUUAAUGUAAUAUAAUCAAUUAUAAGAACAAAAUGUCUCCAAAUCUGUGAAAAAUGAUACAAAAGUGCUGAUGAUUUUUGAGGGCAUUUAUUUUGCCUUGCUCUGGUUUACAGUCCAGAGUAUUCACAUUCUAAAUCAAUAUUUACAGGACCUAGCAAUACACUAAAUAUAAAUGGACGUAAACACAAAUGCCUUCGUCUUAAAUUGCACAUAAGUUUAAAUUGUAAAUACUGAUGUUUAUGCUCUGGUAUGUUUUCAUAUCAAUGCGAAAAGGGCUAUGGUAUCUUGAUGCAUUACGCAAAUCAGUUUGUGUUUCAACUAAUUGUUUGAUGUCCUGUGAACACUGUGAACAGAUGUAGCAGGAGGGUGUUGUUGUAAUGUGAAUGUUCUGUUUAAAAGGAUGUUAAUUAUUGAGACUAAAUGUGAUUGGGCCUCCUCAGUCUGAUUUCUAAUGGCUUUGUCACACUGUUUUAAGCCAUCUCCUGACACAAGUAUCCCUUUAGACAUGUUGCAGGUAUUGUAUGCCUAAGUAAAGGACAAAACUCCUGCAAUAUCUAUAUGACUAUAUCAUAUACAGUUACAAAAUACUUUUAAAACACCAAAAGUAGCUCAACCCAUUGAAUAAGGAUAUAGAGAAGAGUAUGACACUUUUUUGUGUAGUAAAUUUUCCGUAUGACAUUUCCGAGUUUGUGAUUUAUACCAGAGAUAUCGGAGACUAGAGUGAUAGACUGUUGAGGAGUUACCAAGUAGACUGAACAGCUUUCAAGCGCUCAAGUUUUCGUUUUUUUUCUUUUGUGCGGGGAGGGGGUGGGAGUGCUGGGGAUAUUUUGUAUGUACAGUAAAUGAAUUGUGGUUGAACUAUUACCGUGAAAUGUUUGUAUCCUAUAAGUUUCCUAUUAAAAUAUUCUUUAUGCAGUUACUGAUUGAAAUAUAUAUAUAUAUAUUAGGAUUCAGUGAAGAGUCCAUGUUGAAGAUUUCAAACCAGGUCAUACAUAUUGUACAUGUAUAUGCAGGAAGUAUGCUUAAGUUUCAUUUUGUUUGAAGUUAAUGUGAUGAAAUGUGAUGAGAGAUGGUACCCAUUUGUCAUCCUAAAUCUUACGGUAGUGUUGUAUGUCUUUACAAGGAGGUCCAAAGUCUCCCUAACCCUCCCUAUCACUCUCUAUAAUCAAAGAACUUGAAGUCUUGAUUCUUGAUUGAUUUAGGACAUUUGAUAUCUUGUUCAUGAAUGAAGACAUUUACAGUGUCAUCUGACUGUCCAUUGCUUGUUGAUUCAUUUGACAAGUUCAGAGAUUUGCUAUAUUCUUUUUAACUUCAAACAGUAUUUAUAGAUUUGAUAUCAAAACAUCUAAAAAAUCACAUGAUUUCUGGUAUUUUACUAAUGGUUAACAUGAGUUUCUUUCAUUCUAAAAAACAGCAGUUGAUUUAAACACUGUAAGCCUUACCUUUUGUCAGUCUUGAAAUUGAUAAACAUACAGGUGUAUUUACUUCAUUCAUGUUGUAAAACAUUGCUUCACAACACUCAUACCAUCAUUGUGGUGACAAUCCUCUCCUACCUUGUAUAAUAUUAUACCAUCCAUAUCUUGGCAAUUUCCUCAUGCAUUCUCCAUAUUGGGAAUCCUACCAAUCUUGUGGGGGCAGUCUCUUCCAGCUCUUUUCAUAUCAAGAAUCCUACCACCCUUGAGGGGGCAGUCUCUUCCAGCUCUUAAUAUUGGGAAUCCUACCAACCCUGUGGGGGCAGUCUCUUCCACCUCUUUUGAUAUCAAGAAUCCUACCACCCUUGAGGGGGCAGUCUCUUCCAGCUCUUUUCAUAUUGGGAAUCCUAACAACCUUGUUGGGCCAGUCUCUUCCAGCUCUUUUCAUAUCAAGAAUCUUACCACCCUUGAGGGAGCAGUCUCUUCUAGCUCUUUUCAUAUUGGGAAUCCUGCCAUCCUUGUGGGGACAAUCUCUCAGCUCUUUUCAUAUCAAGAAUCCUACCAACCUUGUGGGGACAGUCUCUUCCAGCUCUUUUCAUAUCAAGAAUCUUACCACCCUUGUGGGGACAUACACUUCUGUAUGACAUAUUCAGGUAGCCAUAUCUAUUUAUGCUUGUUCAGCUAUGUGAAUUAACAAGUUUUAUUGUCUAAAUACAUUUGUUUGACACUUUCUUUAGAAAUCAGAAUUUAAAGUACUUCACAAAAUAUAAUGGCAUAAAAAAAAAAUUUGAAAGGAAUUAAUCAAAUUGAUAUGCCAACAUUAAAUUUGAUUUUUUUUUGACUCAGAAUAUUUGUUGUGUUUGUACCAUCUUUCAAUGAUGAAGAUUACCUCAGUGUACUGAAAAUAUAUUGUAUGAGCUAAAAAAAUGAGGAAAAGUUUCAGUUUUGUUCAAAUGUUUUGAACUAAAUGUACUUUAAGCCACCAUAGGAAUAAAAAUGUAAUACAAGAAA